AGAAACACACACAUACGCACAAGACAAAUUGGAUGGUAUGUGGUAUGUAACAUCGUCAUGUGUGUUGUUUAUGUUGCUGCUCAUCCGGGUUUUCAUGUUUCUUUUCAUAUAUAAAUAUCUGGGUUUCCCAUAAGCCGAUUUCAGUUUGUCACCUUCAUUCGAUGUUGUUAUUUUAAUUCGUUCUCAUAUUCGUUUCGAGUGUUAUUUUUGCUGUUUCGUGUCGGUGUCUAUCAGUUUUGGAUACUUUUCCAUUUUUGUUCUUCGACAUUGCGGUGAUUGUGUGUGUGUGUAUGGUAUUCUAUUGCGUUCGAUCGAUUAAACCCAUGUGCUCAAAUUGGGUUUUGCCAUUAUUCGAACAAUCGAGAACACUUGAUGAAAAAUGCGAAUGAUUGGGUCAAUUAUUGUGGUGCUCCAAGUUAUUUACCUAUUCAUUGGAACAAAUGCCAUCCGUGUACAUGAGGAGGAAAAUGAAACGCCAACCACGCAAAUGGCAUUGCUGACAACUGCGAUUAAUUCGCCCGAUAAGAUAUCAAAUAAUACAUCAAAAAGUACGAGUACACAAAAUUCCACGAGCCAUGGCCAUGGCCACUCUACAACUCAAGCCACAAUUGCAAUGAGAAAUACGACAACGCAUGACGAAUUGAAUGGUAAUGUCGGCGUGACAAAUGCGUGGUUAUUUGGUCUAAACGAUGGCAUCAACACAAAUUUAUCUACGCCACGACAGCAGCAAAAUAUUGGCCCACCAAAUUGGCAACCGCCAAAACAUAAACAUGAAACAACAAAGAAUUUCAUACCCUCACCCGAGCUCAUUGUCGAGUCAAGCCAAUCGUCGGAAUCAAACGAAAACUUCGUAAUUAAUAACCAUCGUUACGUGGCUCCAUUUCCCAUAUUCAAGUCGAGUGACAAGUCACAUAGCAAUUUAGCGACAAACAUAAGUCACGAACCAUACGAUGCAAAAGAUUAUGUAAAGUUCAACGAUGGCAUUGAACAGUAUUCGUCGUCGUUGUCAUCAACAACUCCAGCUGAUGUUGUUCAUCGCGGUGGUUCAGUGCUCACUGAAAACGACAAAUUACCAUGGCCUAUUCCAUACGAGAAUGCUGAACGGGAGUUUAAGUGGAGAACAAUACGGCCGAGCAUUUCGCACAAACGAAAUUAUGUCAACUUGAACAAUACGGUCGAUAAAAAUCUAAAAAUUUUGUCAUACGAAACUGAAGCGACAUCCAGUUCGUCUACUUUUUCAGCAAAUACGUUUCCAUCGUUGACGACACCAGUCUAUCAUCCAUAUGUGUUUGAAAAUAUUCAUACACCGGCACAUUUAUAUUCAUCCGUGCAACCGUCCGAAUUUCCAACAUAUUCACCCGAUGAAGCUUUUGCACAGCCAAUUGACAUGCACAACGACACCAAAUUAGAAUACAUUAAUGCAAAAGACAGUUUAGCGCCCGUUCAACGGAUUAAUAAGGACGUUCUUUGGCAUACAGCGCUCAAAUGGCUGGCAACUGCCAUACCAAUUGGUCUGGUGAUAUCCGCAUUUGCACCAAAUGUUGUGUUGGUGAACGCAAAUUCUACAUCACCGUAUUCGCCUACGUUUUUUCCCAAACCACCAUUCUACCUGACAGUGACACCAAAACCGCCGGUGAAUAUUUAUACGGGCCGAAAUCAAUUUGAGCGAUUAACACAUGAAAAGCAAAAGUACUUAUCGUUCUUAGAAAGAUCUAAGGAGCUGCGACAGAUUGGAAGCCAUUCAGGAGCAAACAGUUGUGAGAAUCGCUAUUUAUGUGAGCUCGGUAUCGUUGCGGUGAAUGAGGAAAAUGCGUCCAAAUCAGCUCAUACACUAUACAAAGCCCUCUGGCACAUUUCAAACGAACAAUCAAAUCAAAAAUCACUGGAUGACAUGAACGCUAUCUUUCAGGCAAUCCAGGACAAAAGCUGCCAACAAUUUCUAUGCGCUUAAAUAAUAAUAAUGCGCUUGUUGAAUAAAUGUUUAUUUAUUUAUUUUCUUCUCUGCUAGAAAAAUCAUUACUAAACGGACCAGACGCCGCAAGGCAUUAAUGGUCUUUAGACGCUUGUUGUUAUUAUUUGUUUUUGUUGCUAGAAAAAUUCACUCAAAUACAAAAUUCUGUUCGAAGAAUUGCCCGUAAAAAUAUCAAUUCAAAUUAAACUUUAGUUAAAUGAAAUGUACCCAAAGUUGUUAGGAUAAUAAACUUGCGUCUUUUAUUUGCAA